UUUUCGAACGCGUCGGAACACACGUGUGGGAGUAGCAUAGAACACCGACAGAGUGGAACAAAACGAAAAAAAUACGCAAUUUCGAAUCAUUUUGGAUUCCAUAAAAUCGUGCGAGAAUGACGACCGAAGUUGCACAGCUGCCUCACUUCGAGGUCUUUCAUCGCGUUUUGGGACUUCCGGUGGUCGAAAGGGCCCUCAGUAAAUCGGCUGAGACGUACUCCCGCGUGAAAGAUUGUAAUCAGUUGGUGCACUGGGCUCUAACCACGGCGGAAACGUCUAUAAGCACUGUGACGAGACAAGCUGUGCCCCUUGCAGCACCCAUCGCCAAGAAACUCGAGAACCCCAUACACUUUGUCGACCACACGUUGUGCCUUGGUCUUGACAAAAUCGAAGAAAAAGUUCCGAUGGUCAAAGAGAAACCUGAGCAGAUUUUAGAAAACGCGUACAUGUUGGCGAUCCAGACCGUUCAUCCGGCCGUUGUGAGCAUUUCGCACGUAAACGAUCUGAUAAUCAUGCAGGCCUCUAAUUUGAGGGAUAAGAGUUGGAACAAGGCGAAUCAGAUCUUGGGAACGCAAUAUGGCAGCGCAGCUGUCAAAGGUUUGGAUAAUACAGCUGAUCUCGUCGACAAGUUGAUCGAUAAAUAUUUUCCCGCGACGGGAGACGAACAGUCAAUAGUCAUAACCUCAGAUGAAGAGGAUAAACUUCUCCACACGUUACAAACUGUCGGACGUUUAUCGAAUAAAGCCGCGAGACGCGUGUACUCGAACAUAGUACAACACAUGGGAACUAUCUCUACGGACAAUUUAAAGUCAUACAUCAGUUCAUUGCUUCAGUUUCUACAUCUUACGCAAUAUCUGCACGCGAUAAAUGAAAAAGUCCAAGCUCACACGUCGCAGACGAAUGAAGCGAAGACCGAAAAGAAAGACAACUAAUGUCUCGGUAUAUUAAUGUCUCGAGUAAGAAUAUGUUUUCGUUGAUUUUAUUUUUAGUUUUGAAUCUUCUUUUUAAAUAUGUUCUGUUACUCUUUACUGUUUUUAUCAACUUCAUCCUUUAAUUAUAAUACGUCUUGGAAAAUGUUUUGGACUUAAAAGCUUACUACGAUUUUUAUACGUGAAUAUAUAUAGAAAUACAAAAGUGGAGUUGAAAGUUUUUGCAUGAAAAAUUCUUUAUGAAACAGUAACAUUUGCCCUGUAUUUUGCAUUAAUUGUCCGAGGAAAAAUAAGUCGCAAAGAAAAAAUGCAUCUCAACUGUUUGAUCGUAAAAAUGAUUGCACUAUUUUAUAUCUAGGAUAAUAAUACUCAAAUAUAUCCCUUAAUGCUGGGAAUAAAUCUGUUUUUAAUUCUCAUUUUUGUACAGCACUCUACAAACAUCCAUAGUUUAUUCUUUUUUAUAAUAUCAUCUCAGCAACGAAGAUAUUUUUUUUAUUUUUUACUAAACCGUUUAUGCAUUUGUCACAUGUAAAUAGCAUAAAACUAUAGACUAGUUUUAUAACGUUUUGUAUAUGUAGAGUAUACCCGAAUAAAAUAAAUUUAAGUUUGUUAG